AUGUCUCAUUCAGGGAACACUACAAUCACGGUUAAAGUGGUUGCUGCUGAGUCUCUUUACAAGAGGGAUGUGUUUCGCAGUCCAGAUCCCUUUGCCGUUCUCACUGUUGAUGGUUCUCAGACAAAGUCCACGUCUGCUGCAAAGAAGACGCUCAACCCGUAUUGGAACGAGACCUUCACCUUCAACGCCAACGAAAACUCCAUCCUUGUGAUCCAGGUGUUUGAUCAGAAGAAGUUCAAGAAGAAAGACCAAGGGUUCCUGGGUGUCGUCAACAUUAGAAUAGGAGAUGUUAUCGAUUUGAGCUUGUCGAACUUUGAGGAGACAAUCACCAGGGAGCUGAAGAAGUCUAACGAUAACGUUGUCGUCAGUGGUAGAUUGAUCAUUGUGGUGUCCCAUUCUGCCACCAAUGGGUCGACUGCCUCCUCCAGAUCCAGACCUUCCGCAGCCAUUGGAGGCUCAAGCCGUUCGAGCUCUAGUGCAGUCCAAUCUUCGAAUACCUCUGCUGCUGCUGCUGUUGCUAGUACUGCUGCUUCUGCUGGAACAUCCUCAAACUCAAACAGACAGUACUCGUCGUUUGAAGAUCAAUAUGGAAGACUGCCACCUGGUUGGGAGAGAAGAACCGACAACUUUGGCCGUACCUAUUACGUUGACCAUAACUCCAGAACCACCACUUGGAAAAGACCAACCCUCGAACAGUCAGAAUCAGAACGUGGUCAACAGAGACAAAACGUUACGGAAGCUGAACGUAGACAACAUCGUGGUCGUACGCUUCCUGAUGACAGAGCAUCAUCUCCAAAUCCAAAUAAUAUCACGGUAAACACCGUUGGCGGUGCUCCUGCUUCGAGUGGAACAUCUGCAGUAUCUUUGGCUGCUACUGGGGGUACCACUUCUGGACUUGGUGAGUUGCCACCUGGCUGGGAGCAAAGAUUUACACCCGAGGGACGCCCUUACUUUGUUGAUCACAACACAAGAACCACCACAUGGGUUGAUCCUAGAAGACAACAAUACAUUAGAACGUAUGGACCAAACACAACAGUACAACAACAACCAGUAUCACAGUUGGGUCCUUUGCCAAGUGGAUGGGAGAUGAGACUUACGAACACCGCCAGGGUGUACUUUGUUGAUCACAACACGAAGACUACGACAUGGGAUGAUCCAAGAUUGCCAUCGUCUCUUGAUCAAAAUGUUCCUCAAUAUAAGAGAGAUUUCAGAAGAAAGGUUAUCUACUUCAGAUCUCAACCAGCUUUGAGAAUCCUACCAGGUCAGUGUCACAUCAAGGUUAGAAGAGAUCACAUCUUCGAAGACUCAUACCAAGAAAUUAUGAGACAAACUCCUGAAGAUUUGAAGAAGAGAUUGAUGAUUAAAUUCGAAGGUGAAGAAGGUCUGGACUACGGUGGUGUUUCAAGAGAAUUCUUCUUCCUUUUGUCACAUGAAAUGUUUAACCCAUUCUACUGUUUGUUCGAAUACUCUGCUCACGAUAACUACACACUUCAAAUCAAUCCAAACUCUGGUAUCAACCCAGAACAUUUGAACUACUUCAAGUUCAUUGGAAGAGUUGUUGGUUUGGGUGUAUUCCACAGAAGAUUCUUGGAUGCAUUCUUUGUUGGUGCUCUUUAUAAGAUGAUGCUGCACAAAAAGGUUGUGUUGCAAGAUAUGGAGGGUGUUGACGCUGAAUUCUAUAGAUCAUUGAAAUGGAUGCUUGAAAACGACAUUCAGGGCAUCCUUGACCUCACGUUCUCUGCAGAGGAGGAGAGAUUUGGAGAGAUGCAUGAGGUUGAUUUGAAACCAAAUGGAAGAGAGAUUGAAGUGACAAAUGAUAAUAAAAAGGAAUAUGUUGAGCUCAUCACUGAGUGGAAGAUUUACAAGUGUGUUGAGGAGCAGUUCAAGGCAUUUAUGGAUGGUUUCAACGAACUCAUACCAGAAGAGCUGGUGAAUGUGUUUGACGAGAGAGAGUUGGAGUUGUUGAUUGGUGGUAUCGCUGAAAUUGACGUUGAUGACUGGAAGAAGCAUACCGACUAUAGGGGAUACCAAGAGUCUGAUGAAGUCAUCCAAUGGUUCUGGAAAUGUAUUUCCGAAUGGGAUAAUGAACAAAGGGCCAGACUUUUACAAUUCACUACUGGUACUUCCAGAAUCCCAGUUAAUGGUUUCAAGGAUUUACAAGGUUCUGAUGGUCCAAGAAGAUUUACCAUUGAAAAGGCUGGCGAACCUAACCAGCUUCCAAAAUCCCACACGUGUUUCAACAGAGUGGACUUACCUCCGUAUGUUGACUACGAUUCCAUGAAACAAAAGAUGAGUUUAGCUGUUGAGGAAACUGUUGGUUUCGGUCAAGAGUGAGCCUUAUCGAUGACUGUGUCGUUAUGAUGUUUCCUACCUUUCUUUUUUCCACUUGAUUUUUUUGCAUUCUUUGCAUUUUGUUUCUUUUCGAUGAGUUAUCAUACUGUUCAGGUUUAAGGGUAGUCAUAUAUACCGAUCCUGAAAUGGUACUCACUGGUCUUCUUGUUAGUGCUCACGUAUUCGCUGGAUGAACUGGACUACUCGUAUUAAUUAUUCUCACAGUAUAAUUUGUAGAUUUUGCAGUUUUUGUUUUUUAUAAAGAUUAGAAAUC